AUGUCGCUCGCAAAUCGCAUCUCCCUGCCAAACGCAGACGAGCACGAUGACCCGGAAGAUUUCUUCGGCAGCGGCCUGGGCAGCAUCUUCCCAGACGAGGCGCCGAACCUACACGGCGACCCCGGGCAGACGCUGAUUUACAAGUCGCCGCACCUAUCAGAGCCGCUGCUCCUCCGUUUGUGUAACCCGACGCUGGAGACGGACAGGACCCUGUUCAGCCACUAUCUGUGGAACGCCUCGCUGCUCUUGGCCGAGCUCAUCGAGGCCGACACGCUGGGAGUGCCGUCCGGGACAGCAGCAGCGCCACGGCUGCUACCCGAUGUGAGCUUCGACGUCCGGGACAGGCACGUCCUCGAGCUCGGUGCGGGCGCCGGCCUGGGCAGCAUCAUGGCCGGGCUCCUCGGCGCCAAGCGCGUGGUCGCGAGCGACUAUCCCUCGGAGACGGUGCUGGGACCUCUACGGGACAAUCUGCAGCGCGGGGUGGUGCGUCGUGCUGCUGCCGCUGCUGCUGCCGCGGCGCCUGCAAGCUGCGACGACAAGUCGAGCACGCAGCAAGUCGCCGUCGAGGGCCACGCCUGGGGCGCGCUGGACGACGACUUCAGCGCGAGGGACAAGCACGCAUUCAACCGCAUCAUGGCCGCGGACGUGCUCUGGAUGCCGUGGCAGCACGACAACCUGCGGCGCUCGGUGGACCACUUCCUCGCGCGGGACGACGAGGCGCGCGCCUGGAUCAUCGGCGGGCUGCACACGGGCCGCGCAAACAUGGCGCUGUUCCUGGAUGAGGAAGAGCUCAAGAGGCUGGGGCUCGAGAUUGAGCACAUCUGGGAGCGGGAUUGCCAAGGCGCGGAGAGGGAGUGGAAGGAGGUGCGCGAGGACGAUGACAGGAAUAAAAAGAGAUGGCUUAAUAUCAUUGUGCUGAAAAGGACAUAG